GCGCACCUUCGGUUGUUCCAGCGUUACAAUCUCUAAAAACCCAUCGAGCAUGGCAGUGAACGAGUUUAUGCAUCCCAGAAACCGGUACCGAGAAAGGCCCAAUUUUCAGGACCUUGUUAAACAGUUUCCGGAGCUAAACCAAGUGGCCAUAGUGGAUGUGUCCGGAAAAGUUAAACUGAACUACAAAGAUGCACAAGCACUCCAACUGCUAUCUAAAUGUCUGCUACAGAGGGAUUUCGGUUUAAGCUUGGAACUACCCCCGGGAAAGUUAGUCCCUACCUUACCCCUGCGAUUGAACUAUAUCCAUUGGCUGGAAGACAUCGGGGAUAUUGCUGGUUGGCACGAAAAGGAACCUGUUAGGGGAAUCGAUAUCGGAUGUGGAGCUUCCUGUAUUUACCCACUGUUGGCCGUAGUACAGACGAAGCAGCGCUGGCAUAUGCUGGCAAUCGAGAAAGCAGAAGAUAGUCUACAGAUUGCGAAAGCAAAUGUUAUUCGAAAUAGUUUCGAGCAAUUCAUUGACGUUAGGCCGCAAGUUGCUGGAGGGCAAACAAUUCUCUUAGAAGUACUGAACAACCAUCCUGACGAGCGAUUUGACUUCUGCAUGUGUAACCCACCAUUCUACGACAGCGCAACCGGUGUUAAAUAUCAGAAUCGAACCGGAAAACGCCGAGAACCAUCGAAUGCAAGCACCGGCUCCACAGAGGAACUUUGCACGGACGGGGGAGAAGUUAGCUUUAUUGGCCAAAUCAUCGAAGAAAGUCUGCAGCUGAAGGAUCGCGUUUCUGUGUACACUACAAUGAUUGGCCAUAAGAAAAGUUAUGAAGAGAUAUUGAGGAAAUUUAAGCACAGCUCUAUCCAGAAUAUUUCGGUCAGCAAGUUUUGCCAAGGUAAUACGACUCGAUGGGCCGUAGGGUGGAGCUUCGAUAAUCGAAUAGUACUGAAUCGUUUGAACGACGCCAUAGAUAUCGAAAGCCAUGGGACUGGGAAAAAGAAAACGUUGAACAAAACAAUUGAAUGGAAAAUUUGGAAUGCGCCGGAAGGGCAUCAAGUAUCCCAACUGGCACACCUUAAACUAUAUCUAAUAGGAGUGCUUCAAUCCAUUGCUCUACACGUUCGCGUUUUGUCUGAAGAAAGCGAAGUAAUACUAUGCGAGCUCACUGCGCACCAGAAUACCUGGUCUCACCAGAGGCGAAAACGAAGAUGCAAGGAAACAACUGACCAUAAACAUGAGAAGCACCUGCGAAAUAGCGACAUUAUUGAAUCGUACGAUGAGAAUGAGAAUUCACAAGAAAAAAGGCCAAAACUUGAACCUACUGCUGUAUGUGAUGAACUAAAGCAAUCGGAAAAGCCGUAUUUGAAGGCAGCAUUGAAUCUUCACAGGAAAAGUUGUGAUUAUUUUGUUGCGCUUCAGUACAUUGAUGGUAAAGCUGGCAAAGACUCGGUAAAUCAAAUUCUUCAGUAUAUUAAAAAUAUCAGUAGAACACAACCAUUCGUUGAAAUGUGCCUGUGAGGACUAGGCAUUAUCGAAUUACGGUAAUCGUUUGCUACUUACAUCUCCAGUUUGUUGAACUAAGUUAUUGAAAAAACCAAAAUAUAAGAAAACCGGUUAUGUAUUACAGUAAUGUUUUGUUUAUUAUUUUUAUAUUCCCGGUCUUUUGCUGUAACGCACGCACAUUACAAAGUGACAUAAUUAUUACAUAGCUCAUUAUUGCCUGCUA